UGUGUAUCACAUGGUACAACUAUAAUAAACAUGGCGGCGCUCAUGAAGCAUGGAUUGCUAUGUUCAAGCCAAGAGCUGAGAAAUUCAGUACCUUGCGUUUUUAUGAUAUUCUGCCGACAAUAUAAGAGAGAUGUGAGGCCGUUCAAACAUAUACGUUUGGAAUCGAGAGCGGAAUCACUUGCAGCCAAAGGGUUCCUGAGGUCGUACAAGCCGUACACACCGCCGCCAGACGUGGGCGACAGGUUCCGCGCGAUCUGCCGGUCGGUGCUGGGACCGGAGGCGGCCGACAAUGACGGUGUUCGCUUUGGCUGCCCAGAAGAGAAGUUCAGGCUCCUCGCUGCAUGCUUCCGGGAGUUCCAGCAUGGCAUCCCCAACUCGAAGCUGCACAAAGUGACUACACUAGGGGACGUGGUGCAGUUCUACGGGACACCCACGAACACCAUCACGCCAUUGGAGGGCAUGAAGCAAGCCAGCCUGCCCCCGAACCUCCACGUUCAGUACGACUACCACCGCUUCCACCCAGAAACAGACACAAAGUUUGGUGGCAUCAGUGCAUUCCCGCAGAGCUCGACGUUAGUCACUGGCCUCAAGUACAAAAAGAAGUAUAAAGGCUACAAAGCGAAACCAUCUUGGCCUUAAUCAUAUCAUUAGUGUGUACUUAUCACAAAUAAAAUUUCAGUAAAUCAA